AAAACUCACCUGUUCCGUUCUUUUUGCCAAAGUCGCCCCAUUCCGAGUCGCAACUUGACGAUGAGGAGGAUAUUGCUCUCCGACUGAUACCCAGCAUGCAUAGAAAAAACAUUCCGCCACCUUUGGUACUGGAACCUUCAAACACCAACGCGACCGACUCGUCUUCUAGCCUGCCGAGUAGCGGUACCAGCCUACCUUAUCUUCGACAUCAAGACGAGUCUGACGACGAUACCGAAAUUGAUGACGAUAGCGUGCCUACAAGCGGAAAACGCGGAGGAGGUGUCUAUGAUGAUCUCGAGCUCGACUUCGAUGAAUCAUUCGAGGAGGAUACGAAGGAGAGUCAGUAUCUUUUGACGGCUAAAUUGGACGAAAUUGAAAAGAAUCUCGCACAAUUCUCCCCUCGAGUAUUGCAACUUGAACUCGAAGAAGACCAGUCAAAACCACCAUUACGAAUCGAAGCAUCCAUCGCAAGUCCGACCCAGCCAUCCGGGGCAUGGCCAUCUGUUCCCUUCCAAUCCUUGAACUCGGCGAUCACUACACAGCCACCAUCUAAUAAUCCUUCACCUCCCCGGCUCGCCGUAAACGGUGUUACUACGUCCGCGCCCCAAUCCUUUAAUCCUACAUCUUCAUCUGCAGGUGCGGAAUCUUCAGAGACAACGCGAAGAAAGCAGAUGGAGAAGGAAGAGUCUGGGCAACUUUUACAAGAGCAAUAUCCUCGUCAUACGCCCCAGAUUAAUGGGAGCUUUAAAGACGCUAUAAUACCAUUGUCUCCGGAUCCGUUCGGGCGGUACCCAUCAACGCCUACACCCUCUGCAGAUAGCAAAGGAUCAGCUUAUUGGGACGAUAACAGCACAGCUAUGGAGGAGUCCAAGACUACAUCUAGUAGAUUUUCGGCGGAUUCUGCGAAAGACAAUACUCCAACCAAUAGAGCGACCGUAAUGAGCGUAAAAAGCAUUAAAAAACUCUGGCGACGAAGUAACAAGCAGAGCGUUAGCUCCAUUAACGUACCUCAGCCGCCACCUGCGCAGCAGGGACGUAUUUCGCCACAGGCGCCCGGACCAGCAGUAUUUUCUGCUCAGGUUACUGGCGCUUCACCUUCUACUCCAAACGGGGCCUCAGCUCACCGACAAAGUGGCAGUAGCAGCAGUCGAAAUAGCGUGGGUGUCGUCCGACCUCCCAUUCGUAUGUCUUCCUCUCAAACCUCAACAUCUACAUCCUCAUCAGUGCCUCCCUCCCGCCCGGCACGUCCAUCUCGUCCCCCAUCACUCCACAAUUUUGAUAUUCCUGGCACGUCAGCCCCUGCUCCUACCAUGUUUCCACAGCAUACCAUUAGUCUCGACCGGUUAAGGUUUGAUCAGGAGAGUCCGUACCCUAAUCCGACGAGGCGGGCCCGAUCCCAGUUGAGUGGGAAUGGCAAAGUUUCGCCGACAUUUACAUCAGGAAAAUCGACACCCAUAAGCCAGUCUGGGAAAAACUCUCCUACGCCUCCUCCUCAAACCGAAACACAGCGAAACAGCGUUCGAAAGAGUAUAUUAAAGUGGAAGAAUGCAGCCUCGGGUGGAGGGUCAGGUGCCAGACGACCGAGUGUCAGUAUGUUGAGUGUUAAUGUAGAACCACGACCAAGCAUUGAGAAGAUGCCUCCAAGUCCUCGGGUACCGGACGAGUUCUUGCAGUAUCAACAGCACUCGAGAUUACCAAGCGUAGCAAAAUCGGUAAUGAGCGUUGCUCCCAGUAUGACGAAGAGUAUCUUGAGCCGAAGUUCGAGGUAUUCCGAUGACGAGGGACGGGGACCAAGCAUAGACGACCAGUUUGAGAUUGUCUCGCCGAAGAUGACUUCUGGUAGCCUGACAUACCCGUAUACCACAUUGGACGAGCAAGACACGUCGCGAUGAUGUUAACGAGACAAUGAUAUAUACCAUUUACAUUACAUUAUAUCACGUUGAUUUUUAAAUAUCUGCUGACGCUUGACGACCGUUUUCACAUAUUUAUUCGUAGUCUCUUCUGUAGCUAUACCUUAAUGCAUGAGUAGUUAGAAAUUCGACUGUAAAUUGGAAAACAGGGCUAUACAUGACGCAGACGUCGGG